AUGGGAGGUGGGUAUGAAGAGUCACCACAGCUUCCUGAUGGUGGGUUAGAGGAAGAGAUUGAGAGAGAGACCCUACAGAUACAUUAUGACAAUUGUUGUAAGGGACUUGGGAUUAAGAUUGUUGGUGGUUGCAGUUUGGAUGGAGAGGAAGACUAUGGAAUAUUUGUGAAGAGAGUGUUACCUGGAGGACUGGCAGAGAUUGAAGGUCGACUGCAGAAUGGUGACCAGAUACUGGAGGUAAACGGGGAUAGUUUAGAGGGAGUGACAAAUGACAGAGCUGUGGCGAUUCUGCGGAAGGCCUCGGCCACCAAUGUGGUGGACUUGUUAGUGAGCCGAGAUGAUCAAGCCAGAGAGGAGUAUGAGGAGGUUUUGGAGAGACAAACUUUCCUAAGCCACAACUGUACCCCUGUCCAUACAGAGACCCCCAGCAGAGAAUCCAGUAAGGCCUCCUCCAGGUGUACCACCCCCUCAGUUACAGAUUUUAAGGCUGGCGUAAGCCCAAGGUAUGAUCACAGUGUUUACCACACUCCGCAGCAAAAUGGAGUAGCAGAAAAUCAAAAUGGAGUAUCAGAGAUAAGCCAUCCAGAUCAAGAUUAUGUUAGCCAGGCACCCGCUGCACCAGGGGAGACCACUCCAAGUGCCAGCUGGUACCCUCAUCCAGCUAUCAACCCCACUGAUAGGUUUGGUGCGAGGAUACAACCUAAUAUGGCUUCUACCCCACAAGCUGUAGGUGGCAGGGUGAGACUUCUUCCCUCCUACAACACCAGCCUGUCUAUGAUAGGUCACGGUGACAACAUCUCCCCUGUGCUGGCCCCAGGCACCCAGGGCCCUCCCCUUCACACUAUGGGGAUGUCACAGACGUUCAGUGGGACGGAGCAGUUACCUAGGUCACAAGACAUGUCCCAGACCAGGAAGCUCUCCCUUGACCCGCAUGUCAGGUUAAAAGUAGAGAAACUCGAGGACGCUCUGAGAUACCUGGGCCUGGAGCCGUCCCCAGAACAACAGGCCGUGUUACGGACAAACCUUGGGGUGGAUAACACAGGAACUGUUAGCUAUGGAGACUUUGUGAGGGAAGCUCGUGAAAUUUUCCGUCUUCAGCUGGAUGAGAAAAAUAUAGGUCCUGGAGCCAUGCUGUUUGCUGCCCAGGAUCUGACAUCACUGUUGGAGCCACCACCAUUCAAACCUGAGUUGAGCACAAUACCAGAUGUGGCAUUUGGGGAGGACUUUGAUACUGUCAGACAAGAGCGGGAUGAGUUAAGGAAGGAAGUACAAAGGUUGAAGAUGAUGCUGAAAGAAAAGGAGGAGACUUGCAAUGUGGCUGAGGAUGAAAUUCUGAGGAUAAGAAGGCAAGCUCAGGGCGCAAUUCAUGAGACGCGGUCACUGCGCAGUAAAGUGCACCUAGCAGAACAGGCUCAGCGUGCCGCACGCAACAUGGAGCAGGACUAUGAAGAGGUGGUCAAACUGUUAGAGAAAGAGAUAGCUGAAAUGAAAGAGGAGCUGGACAAAAGAAAGGAAGUCUCCACGGUAGAUAUGGAGAAAAGGCUCGCAGUCAUCAGUUGUCAACUCAGGAAAACAGAUUCUGCAAAGAAGACCUAUGAAGUAGCCACACAGAAACUUCUUCAGUUUGUGGAGCAUGUUCAUGAAACAAUGAAAGACGAUGAUACUGCUGCCCAAAAAAGGGUGGAGUCCUUCUCUGGGGAAGCAACCAGAGGAAGACAGUCAGCAGUGAGUAUCAGAAAGCAGCAAGGGCAGAAGAGACUGGCCAGUGAUGCUCGUGAAGUGGUGAGGGCAGUCAAGUCUCUCACAGACUCGCAAGAUCUACCCUAUGGUUGGGAAGAAGCCUACACAGAGGACGGAAUGAGAUACUACAUAAAUCAUCUGACUCAAAUGACUACUUGGUCGCAUCCUGUGUCAAACAUCCAUCAUCUGCCAACCAUCCAGGGGUCAGAGGUGAAAGGUCAGAAGGGCAAAUCCCUCCCCAGACCAGGUCCAUCAUCAUGAUGAUAGCAUUGUGGUGGAUAAUGAACAACAUUUGGUGCUACUGUUUGCUUAUUAUUUUUUAGCUCUCACUUUUGAUUGGUCAUAGUUACAUGUAUUGUUUGCUGCAGAAGUAUGUGUAACAUUUUUUUUUUAUGUUUUAUAUAGCCUUAAGAUUCAUGUAAAAUCUUCAACAUGGUUUUAUUUAAACAUCAAGAAACUUAGGCUUAUCUUCCUUUGUAUGUGACCAAAGCUACUUGAAUGAAAGGGUUGUAAUGACCAGGGCCUGUAUUUAUCCAACGUUUUAAGACUUAAGUCAAAAUUCAAACUCAGCUACGGUUAAAAUGUUUUGUUCUAGGAAGUUUAAAAUAUGUACACUGAUUCUUUACUGCAGAACAAUAUGCCAGUCACAAUUCGAGUUCUUUUCUGUUAUCAGUUUGGCUUUUUAAGCACUUGUAAUUUUUGACUUAAGUCCUAAAGGAAAAGGCCUCUAAAAAUUGAGGGUAACAUGACUAAAUAGACCAUUUAAAACUAUGUAGAAAUUUACUUUUGUUUAUUUUUUGGAUUUUUGUGAAAAGAGUUAAAAGCGUUCAAACAUUUGACAGUAUUUACAGGGACGCUGUGGUACCAAUAAGCAAUAGGUGGGCUUUAUUGGCAAUACUAUCACAGUUUAGGAACUCUGACGUCACAGGAAGUUCUUUCAUCUCCUAAUCUCAACACUGAAGGUUGGAAUAACUCUUUACCCAUGAAUAAAAGAUUACUGAAAUAAUGUUCCCAAAAACUCCUUCCUUCUGGUGAACAUCAGGAAAGAAACAUGAUGUGACAUCAGAGUUUCUGGAUACUGUCAGUAUGGCUCUUAAAGCCCUUCAUAGUAUUCAGAUAUUUGAAUGCCUUUCAACACUCUUCAGAAAAAUCUGAAAAAAUAAAUGAAAGCAUUUUUACGCAUAGUUGUCAGUUGUAUGUAUGAUGAAAUAUUUUAGCUUUCUUUUACUUUAAGGUGCUUGAUAAAUAUGGGUCCAGGUCAUAAAAUUAGGAACAGAGUCGGCUCAUAUAAGCACUUAUUUAAGAAAUCGUGACCUUUAUGAGGUCAGGAAGAGAAGUCGAGUCCUAUUAGGUCAUUUCUGAGGUAGUGAAAAUUGUUACCGAUUUACCAAAGUAUUUCCAGUUUUAAAAUGUUCUGCCGCGUAUGUUUUAGUCAUCUCUGUAAGGUUUUCUUCCUGUUGGAUAUCUAAACCUGACUAGAGCAUUGUUGCUGUGAAGGACAAUACUUAGUUCAUAGAUAAACAUUGCCAAACACAAACCACUGCUCUGCUCCGAUUUAUUUUAGAUUAGUUUUAAUAUUACAGGUUUGCUCUCGCUGUAGCCAGAAGACAAUUCAUUUCAUCCACUACGUCCCAGAACAUUCAUCUUCACAACAUGAAAGUAGGUCCUAAAAGCCUAACAAUGACAUAUCAUU